AUGGCUGUACCAACAAUCCUUCCAGGCUACGAGAUUGCCUUUACGAUCAUUGAGAAACUACCUAUAAAAUUUAUUGAUGAAAAAGAAAAACUUUACGAGCAAUUUAUGGAACGAAGAAUUGACAGGGCUCUCUUAAAAUCUGGCGCUAUUGAAUCUUCUGUCAAAUGUAUUAUGAAUAUCAAUUCUUCUCUAGAUGAUCGAAAAAUUGAAGUACCGUCGGUAUUCAUGGCUUGCGAGGAGUUAUAUGCUACUGUAAGUACUUACGGAGCUGGACUCCACCCUGCGUACACAGAAAACCCUGAAAAUGAAAAGAAACGAAUAAGGGAAAUGAUUGAAUCUUAUAAAACGAACGCCGUUAAAUGGCUUAGUAAACCUAAUAAGAAGCAUUUAUGGAAUCGGAAACAUUGGCGUCGGGAGAAUAAUUCCGAGGAUGAUUAUGAUUACGCAAUGCAGUACAAAUUACUUUGGGGAACCCGUAAACAGAUUAUUGACUGGUUACAUGAUAAUCGUCAAGCUAUAAUUGAAUUUGUGUCGGAUAAUCAAUACGGUUUAUUUGGAGAUGAAAACAGCAAUAUAACUUCAGAAUAUCUUCAACAAGAACACUUACUACACCUCGCAUUAAAACCGCCAAAUGGCAAUCGACAUUCGAAUACCACUAACAUAUUCUUUGCUCUUUAUAACGCUAAAUCUGAACCGAAACGUGGUCUUUCACUAUUUAAGCAUGCACCGAGAUUCCGUCUAGAAAUUUGUGCGGAAAUUAAUAAUAGACCAGGACAAAAUUUAGAAGAUCCAAUAGAUAGUUGGACAUGCAAGAGUGGUAUUGGAAUUAGACAUAUAAUGGAUCGUUUGAUAGAUUCCUUUCCUGGAAGUGGUGAAACGCGAAGAGAAUGCCUUGAUUAUGAAUAA